AUGUUGAAGCUUUCCCGUCCGAACCGGACACUCUUCGCCAGAGCAUUCGGUUCAUCGUCGUCUUCUUCUUCUUCUUCUUCGCCGGCCGAUUUCACCAGCACUAUACUGAAUUGCAGAAGCCCUACAGAAGCGUUUGAGCUCUUCAAUUCGGCGUCGAAACAAGUCGGCGCAAGGAAGGAUCUUCAGCUUCAUUCAGCGAUUACUCAUGUGUUGGUCAGAGCCAAACUAUAUAUUAAAGCCAGGUGCUUGAUAAAAGACUUGAUACUAGAUCUUCAGAAGUCCUGCAAAUCCCGCCGUGCCUGUGAAUUGGUUUACAAUGCACUUAGCCGUUUGGAGAGGUCUAGAUUCUCUGCUCGGAAUGUUUUUGGAGUUUUGAUCAUUGCGUUAUCUGAGAUGGGUCUUGUUGAAGAAGCUUUGCGGGUGUAUGGCAGCAUUGGGGUGCUGCCAGCAACACAGGCUUGUAAUGCGCUCUUGGAUGGGUUGGUGAAGACGGGUCGGAUUGAUUCGAUGUGGGAGCUUUAUAAUGAUAUGGGCUCUCGUGGAUUAAGACCUAGUUGGGUUACAUAUGGGGUGUUAAUCGAGGGUUGUUGUAAGAAAGGCGAUCUCGUGAAUGCACGUAAGGUGUUCGAUGAAAUGCCUGAGAGAGGGAUUGAAAGGACAGUUGUGGUGUAUACAUCUCUUAUUCGUGGGCUGUGCAAUGAGGGGAGGAUGGUGGAAGCUGACAGCAUUUUUCGGACGAUGAGGAAAGAUGGUGUGAUACCAAAUCUGUGGACUUACAAUUGUCUGAUGGAUGGGUAUUGCAAAGUGGCUGAUGUCAAACAAGCCCUUGUGUUGUACUCGAACUUGCUAGGCGAUGGCAUGCGGCCGAAUGUUGUCACGUUUGGUAUUUUGAUUGAUGCAUUUUGCAAAGUUGGCGAACUGAUGGCUGCGAGGAGCGUUUUAGUGUGCAUGGUUAAGUUUGGUGCUGCGCCUAAUACGUUUGUGUACAAUGGUUUGAUUGACGGGCAUUGUAAGGUAGAAGAUGUUUCGGAAGCAAUGGAUUUGAAAUUGGAGAUGCAGAAGUAUGGUGUUCUUCCGGAUGUGUUCACUUACAGCAUACUAAUUAAAGGUCUAUGUUCUGUUUAUAGAGUGGAAGAAGCGUAUCAGUUGUUGCAAAACAUGAAGAAGGAGGGAGUUGCUGCAAAUGCUGUUACGUACAAUUCAUUAAUCGAUGGGUAUUGUAAAGAUCGCAAUAUGGAGAAGGCUUUGGAGGUGUGUUCUGAAAUGACCAAAAUUGGUAUAGAACCAAAUGUCACCACCUUCUCUACUUUGAUCGAUGCUUAUUGCAAGAUGGGGAACAUGGAAGCUGCUAUGGGUUUGUACUCGGAAAUGGUAGUUAAAGGCCUUCUGCCUGAUAUAGUAGCUUACACAGAUUUGAUUGAUGGCCAUUUUAAAACCGGGAACGUGAAAGAGGCUCAUCGCCUGCAUAAAGAGAUGUUGGAAGCACGCCUCACGCCCAAUGUUUUCACUCUUAGUUGCUUGGUAGACGGCCUUGGUAAAAAUGGAAAGAGUUCUGAUGCAAUCAACCUCUUUUCGGAGAAAACCAAAGUCAGUUCCAAUACAGAUGAAACCAAGGAAAUGGAUGGCGACUUCUGUUCCCCAAAUCAUGUGACUUAUACAGCUUUAAUUCAGGGUCUGUCUGUAGACAGCCGGAUUGUCGAGGCAACCAAGUUCUUUUUGGAUAUGAGAGUCAGUGGUUUGAGACCAGAUGCAUUCACUUACAUUGUCAUGUUAAAGGGCCACUUCCAAGUGAAGCAUACGCUUGGCGUGAUGAUGCUGCAUGCAGAUAUGAUGAAGACGGGUAUCAUUCCCAGUAUAGAUAUACGUCCGGUGUUAUGUAGGGCUUACCAAGAAAUUGGUGACCUAAAAUCAGCAGCUAAGUUAUUCUGAGAUCAAAUAGCAUUCAUUCAGGCCUUUGCUAUUCAAAUUGCGUGACAAGAGCUUUCUUGGUCAUAGAGUUUGAGCCUGCAGCCCUACACAGUUUGAGAAGGAAUGAAGACAGUAUGUCAGGUUGGGACCCUAUUCUGAGUUCAGUAUCCUGUGUCAUUGUGUUAUUGAUAGGGAAGGAUUGGCAUUGUUGAAUAGUCCAAUGCCAUUACUGUGAGCAGCAAAAUGCAGCUUUUAAGCGAUGCCAAAGUUCAAAAGUCUUUUUUUUUGCCAAAGUUCAAAAGUCUUUGUUAACCAAAAAAAAAGUUCGAAAGUCUUUGGUUAUAUGUCAAUUUAUUUAAUUUCAAGAUUACGAUACUAAAACUUAAUGAUUAAAAGUACAUCCAAUGAUGUUCUUUUUUUUUGCAUCAUUGAACUUUUUUUUUGCGUACCAUUAAUAUUUGAAUAGAUAUUUCAAAAUCGGAAU